GGGCGGGCGGCAUGGAGCCCCGCGGGGCGGACGGCUGCUUCCUGGGCGACGUGGGUUUCUGGGUGGAGCGCACCCCCGUACACGAGGCGGCCCAGCGCGGCGAGACCCUGCAGCUGCAGCAGCUGAUCGAGAGCGGCGCGUGCGUCAACCAGGUCACGGUGGACUCCAUCACACCCCUGCACGCAGCCAGCCUGCAGGGCCAGGCGCGGUGUGUGCAGCUGCUGCUGGCUGCGGGGGCCCAGGUGGAUGCCCGCAACAUCGACGGCAGCACGCCCCUGUGUGAUGCCUGUGCCUCAGGCAGCAUCGAAUGCGUGAAGCUCCUCCUGUCCUACGGGGCCAAGGUCAACCCGCCCCUGUACACAGCAUCCCCGCUGCACGAGGCCUGCAUGAGCGGAAGUUCUGAAUGUGUGAGGCUGCUUAUUGACGUUGGGGCCAACCUGGAAGCGCAUGACUGCCAUUUUGGGACCCCUCUUCAUGUUGCCUGUGCCCGGGAGCAUCUGGACUGUGUCAAAGUGCUGCUUAAUGCAGGGGCCAAUGUGAAUGCAGCAAAGCUUCAUGAGACUGCCCUGCAUCACGCAGCCAAGGUGAAGAACGUUGACCUCAUCGAGAUGCUCGUUGCAUUUGGAGGCAACAUCUACGCACGGGACAACCGGGGAAAGAAGCCAUCCGACUACGUGUGGAACAGCAGUGCACCUGCCAAGUGCCUGGAGUUCUACGAAAAAACACCUCUGACCCUGUCGCAGCUCUGCAGGGUGAGCUUGAGGAGGGCCACUGGCGUCAGAGGACUGGAGAAAAUCACCAAGUUGAACAUCCCUCCCCGGCUCAUCGAUUACCUUUCCUACAACUGAGCCGCAGGCCUGGGAGGCAGGUGGGGGCUCCCCUGGCUGCCGGCCUCGCUGAGCCCAGCGGCUGGGCCACAAGGACCACCCCCCUUGUCUGCAGCCGCCCGACUGCUAGAGAAAGAACAGCGUUCCCUGAGUCCCUGCUGGCUGUCCUGUUUUGUCUUCUCUGCAGACUCCGGAGGGUAUUUCCGAGGCCCUGGGAGGGCCCUGCCUCAUCUUCUGCAGGCACUUUGCUCUCCCUCCGCCCGGUCCCAGCCAUCCAGCAUUCUCCUGUCACUGACCUUCCUCAGGGGGACUCUCAGGAAGGACACAGGGGAAGGCCAGGCUGGGGCUGGGGGUGCAGGGCCCUGCUGCCCGGGAGGCCGGGGCACCUGGCGCCAUCUCUGAGUCCUUCGGCACUAGGGUAGCCCUGGGUGUCCGAAGGGAGAAGCCUGUGCUGCAGAGAUUGGGUCCUGACCAUGUGGCCCCGGACAGCUGCUUUGAUGACAUCCUGCUACUUGGACAAUUUUCUCUGGAGCUCUGGUGGGCACUUUCCAAGGCCCACCUGUACCCAGGUAGACCCAUCACUCAGGGGACUUUGCACGGGUCUUGGUCGGGGAAGCCUCGGGCGACUUAUUCCCCACACUAGCACAGUGUUUCUUAGGAACUUUUCAGGCCUCAGCUCUUAAACAGCUUAUGUUGGGGAUAAAAUCUUUUAGAGCAUACAUAGGCUGCCGCACUUAGGUUUUGUUAACGAGCCUGCAAAACCACAGAUAACGUGAAGGUGUGUCCGUGCGUAUGCCAGGAGGAGUUGUUUCCAACAUGAAGGACCCUUAGGACACCCUUUAGGGAUGAUUGCUCAUCUGUUUCUGCAGUUGCCAAACGGAUUCUCUUCCUGCCCUAAAGUUUGCUCACUCUCGAGGCUCUGAAAUUGGUAGGAGAGGGAGGUUGCCAGCGCCCGGCAUUACCAACCACUGACUUGCGCAUCGUGCAGAUACUUACGGAACGUCUAUGAUGUUCUAGGAAUUGUCCGAGUGCUUUGAGCUGUGUAGGAAUCAGACUCGUUACCCAAGGCAGAGAAAGAAAACACUUUCCGGUCUGUUCCCGUAGUAAUAGAAACGAAUUCUACACUCUCGGCCAUGAGGUGAACUCUUCAGUACUGUAUUCAGACUGCACUUGUGUCAGAUUCUCUCUCCUCAUUUAAAAACACAAAGACCAGGCAGUUAAACUAGAGGACGUUUGCAUAAUUAGUUCAGGUGUAUUUGGUUUCUGAGGACACGGGAGGCACCACCGGUGAACGCUGCUGGGAGUCGUGCCCGAAGCUGCCGAAUGUCCCCAGAUGCUCCCAAGGCGGGGAAGUGUGUGGGGCGGAAGGAGCCUGGAUGGGGGAGGCCAGCUGUGCUGCCCGCCUGGGGUGUCUCUUCCGCUCGAAGUUACUUGGCGGGGCCCCAGAUCUGCGGAGAGUUUCACGGUAGCUGCCAAUGGGCAUUUUCUGUUUUGAAAAUGACAUGGAGGCCAUUGUCACGAUGGUGCCUCGUUAAGCUCUGAGAAUGGGUCGCUCCUAUCCAGGUACCAUGUGAGAUCCAAGUUCGAGGUAAAUGGCUGCUUUUGCGUGUACAGACAACAACAACAACAAAAUCACGGGGUUCUGCCCAUCCAUCUGUGUAACACAAACUGACCUCUAGCCAUGAACGCUGAUACGCUUCCUCCCGUGGAGCACUGAGUGCAGAAUCUGUCCCCACACUCACUGCUCAAUAAAAAUCGCUUCACAAGAGUCCA